CUGUGCGCGCUCACUCGCAGCUCCGCGCGCCCCUCCUCCCUAGUUUCUUCCAGAGCCCGGGCCCCGCCCGUUUCCCGCCUCCAGGGCCAAGUUCGUUCCCGCCCAAGCCCUUCCCUCUCUGAGCCCCUGCUGCUUCUGCUGAAGGCGGAGGCUCCAUGUUGUCUCCUCAGCGAGCGGUAGCGGCUGCCUCGGGAGGAGCAGGUGAUGCCAUGGAGAGUGGAAAGCCUGGUCCAGUGCAAGUUGUUUUGGUUCAGAAAGACCAGCAUUCCUUUGAGCUGGAGGAGAAAGCCUUGGCCAGCAUCCUCUUGCAGGACCACAUUCGCGACCUUGAUGUGGUCGUGGUGUCGGUUGCUGGAGCCUUCCGAAAGGGCAAGUCCUUCUUUCUGGACUUCAUGCUCCGAUACUUAUAUUUCCAGAAAGAAGGUGGCCAUUCAAAUUGGUUAGGUGAUUCAGAAGAACCAUUAACAGGAUUUUCAUGGAGAGGGGGCUCUGACCCAGAAACUACUGGGAUUCAGAUCUGGAAUGAAGUUUUCACUGUGGAGAAGCCAGGUGGAAAGAAGGUUGCAGUUGUACUGAUGGAUACCCAGGGGGCAUUUGACAGCCAGUCCACUGUGAAGGAUUGUGCUACCAUCUUUGCUCUAAGCACCAUGACUAGUUCUGUCCAGAUAUAUAAUUUGUCUCAGAACAUUCAGGAAGAUGAUCUUCAACAGCUACAGCUCUUCACAGAAUAUGGUCGUCUGGCAAUGGAUGAAAUUUUCCAAAAACCCUUCCAGACACUGAUGUUUUUGGUUCGAGACUGGAGUUUCCCUUAUGAAUACAGCUAUGGACUACAGGGAGGAAUGUCAUUUUUGGAUAAGCGUCUACAGGUGAAAGAACAUCAGCAUGAAGAAAUUCAGAAUGUCCGGAAUCACAUUCACUCAUGUUUCUCCAGUGUCACCUGUUUUCUUCUGCCACAUCCAGGACUCCAGGUGGCCACAAGUCCUGACUUUGAUGGGAAAUUAAAAGAUAUUGCCAGUGAAUUCAAAGAGCAGUUACAGAUACUGAUACCAUAUAUAUUAAACCCAGCGAACUUAAUGGAAAAGGAGAUCAAUGGCUCAAAAGUCACCUGUCGGGGGCUGUUGGAGUAUUUUAAGGCAUAUAUUAAAAUUUACCAAGGAGAAGAUCUGCCUCACCCCAAAUCCAUGCUUCAGGCCACUGCUGAAGCCAACAAUUUAGCAGCUGCAGCCUCUGCCAAGGACAUUUAUUACAGCAACAUGGAGGAGGUGUGUGGGGGAGAGAAACCUUAUUUGUCUCCAGACAUUCUAGAGGAGAAGCACUGUGAAUUCAGACAACGUGCUCUUGACCAUUUUAAGAAGACCAAGAAGAUGGGUGGGAAGGAUUUUAGCCUUCGUUACCAGCAGGAGCUGGAGGAGGAAAUCAAGGAACUCUAUGAGAACUUCUGCAAGCACAACGGUAGCAAGAACAUCUUCAGCACCUUCCGAACCCCUGCAGUGCUCUUCACGGGCAUCGUGGCUUUGUACAUAGCCUCGGGCCUCACUGGCUUUAUUGGUCUGGAGGUUGUGGCCCAGCUGUUCAACUGUAUAGUUGGACUGCUGUUAAUAGCACUUCUCACUUGGGGGUACAUCAGGUAUUCUGGUCAGUAUCGUGAGCUGGGCGGAGCUAUCGAUUCUGGAGCAGCAUAUGUAUUGGAGCAGGCUACUUCUCAUAUUGGUAAUUCCACUCAGGCUGCCAUGAGGGAUGCAGUUGUUGGGAGACACCCUGUGGAUAAAAAAGCUCAAUAGCAUCUUAACAAGAGGAUCCAACAACAACCCAAUCAGCCCCUACUGAUUUCUGCGUUUCUGCUGCAGCCACAGGUGUAGUUCCAGAGGAAUGUAGAUCUGGGACCCUCCAGGAAGAACUGAAACAUGGCACCAAUAAAUGAACAGGCCUUUCCUGUGGUUUCAAACUCUUAAACACACUUCCAUUUCUGUUGGAGGCAUUUCUUUUCCUUGCUGACGAUGUAGAUCCAAGCCUGUGUCUCUUUUCUUAUUACUCUCUGCUUUGUGCACUUUAUGGGGGGAAAGCUAAAGGACAAAAUGGAAAUGCAGUUUUAAGUCCUUUAUGUGCCACUUAGUGCCUUUUAAAAUUGAAUCCGUGCUUUUGCAGGCAUGAUAGGGAGGGACUGAGGACAGCCUCAUGAAAGAUGCUGUUUGAGGUGAAACUUGUCAGUUCUUUUAUACCUUACUCUAUUGAAAAGGAUUCCUGUUUUAAAAGUUUACAAAACUUGAUAAAGCUUCAGAACUAAAGACUGAAGAUGAUGCCAUUACACUUCUAAAGUCUUAUAAUAUUAGAGAAUCCUGUCUGCCACAUAGUGUGGAAAAAUCAUAUCAUGUUUAACUCUACCAUUCACUGAAAUUUAAGGUCUUUUACAUGACAGGCUGUUAGUUCUGUUGCAACAUAUCCUUUCUUUUGCAUUUAUUCCUGUACCUUCUUUCUAGAAAAGAGCAAACAUGCCUUGAAAAGCCAGAGAGGCUCAUAAUAAAAGGCAUGAACUUGAUAAUUAAGAAAACUAGAGUUUAAAUGAACCCUGUGACCUCUGAUAAGCCACUUUAACUUGUGCCUUGGUGAGAUUCACUGUUUGUAGGUUUACUUUCGUAUAUGUAUUAUACACUACUCUCACACAGCUGUCAUUUGAGAGGUUUUACUUUUGUGAGUUCUGCAUAAGAACAGAACUUUAUUACGAAUUAGAGAGAAGACCUUACCAAACAUUACAGCCUUGAAGUGAUGUCCUAUUGCAUGUGGCUUAGCAGUAAAUCAGGUCUUUAUUCAAAACAUUUAUUUGUAUUCUAUGCACUAAUAUUUUUAAUAAUGGAGCUAAAACUGUUAGUUUUAUUUAGUGAGUCUUCCUUUAUUUAACUUGACCUGUCUGGUAGCUUUAAAAUAGCUUUGGCUUAGUAAGGACCAAAGCUCCACCCAAAUUUGACAUACCUAGAAGUAUCUAAGAAUUCUUUUUUAUUUACCUUGAUUGUAUGAUAAAAUUUUUUUACCUAUAGUUGCCUUUUCCUUUGGUUUAUAAUGGUGAAUUAUUGUGGAUUUUAAAAUUCUAAAAUUUGCCUGCAAAAUAUUUAUAUAAACAUUCAGGUAUAUGAGCCUUAAUUCUUAAGAUAAUUUAAUUUUUGUGGGAGGGAGGUGGGACAGCUUAGGCAAAAUCUGAGUAAAUUCUAUAUAUAUGAAGUAUGAAUGGAAGGUGGAAAAAAGUCCCUUUUAGCAUAUAAUCUAUUAAUGAAUUUUUUUGAUUACUUUAACACUUAACCAUUCAAGUAUUUUUCUAAGUCCUGAAUUAAUUCCAAGCAUUUUAUAUUUUUUUCAUAUUUACAUACCAUCUUGCCCUGAAGUUCUUGCUAUUUUAUUCACUUGCUGCUAAAUUUUAGUAAAAUUCCAGUUCUAAAAAUUGUUGACUUGAGUGUCAGUGAUGCUUAGCUUUGACUGUUAAAUUGGAAGCAGAGUUUUAGAAAUUUAAUGCAUUUUCAGGUGGCCCCUCCUCUUCCUGAAGGUUCAUACUUAUUAGCUAAAGGCCUUACAUAUAUUAAUUAAAAACAAACCUACAAAAUCACUAGAGUGCAAAUUGAAAGCAUCAGUGUAAUGGAUGAUGUUUCACUAGAACUAAAUUACUGAUACUGGGUUUAAUAAACCUGUUUGCAUGUUUUUCUUUUCGUUAAAAACCCAAAAAACAAAACUUACGGGUGCAUUUUCUGAGCAUUUCAGAACAGUGGUCUGAGUUGGUCCUUUUAAUGGUGAAAAAAGGGCAAUGUGUCUGAAACUUAAUUCCAUACUAAAGUAUUAGAUUUUUAAAGUAAUAACACGGUAAUGUAUGAUAUAAUGAAACCUUAGGAUUGAUUUACUGUUUAAGUUUGCCAUUUUUGUUUUGAUCUUAAAGGAAUAACUUGUUUUAAUUACCUGGGGGAAGUCUUAUAUUUUUGGUCUUUAUUAGUUUACAUAUUCUGUCUCUGAAAAGUGUUUUAUAAAGUUUUCUCAGUGAGGAUUCUUAGGAGUUUUCUUUGACCUCUUAAUAGUGAAAUGAUGAUUUUAUAUCAGCUUUUUCAAUAAAAGAAGCAUUCUCAUUGCUGGCUAAAUAGUCCUGGGCACAUUUAUAACCAGGUUGAGAAGAAUGUCUUACCUCAUAGCUCCCCUCAGCCUUCGACUUGUGGGUCAGGGACAUGAGGAGUUCAGACUCCUUGCUUAGUGUUUGCUGCUUUGCUCCUCCUGGCUGGCCUUCUCCCAAUGCAUUUUUUAUUUGUACAUUCCUAACAGCAUAGGGGCACGCUCCUAUUAACAUAAAAGGUUUUCAAAAUUUUCUCUUACAGGAACUCAUUUCAGGAGAGGUUAAGGUCUGUUUAAAUGUUAAGGUCUGUUUUGUUGUUGUUGUUGUUUUUUUAAAUGCUUCCAGUUAGCUUAGAGUAAAAAUAAUAGAAUAAAAUUUUUGAUCCUUCCACUGAGAAAUCUUUCUAUGUUGGAUUGUAGACAAAAUGAGGGCAAACUAUCAUGUUAUCAUGUGUGAUGAUAAAACAUCUUCCGGCUCAUUCCUUAUUAGCAGUAUCCUGAGAAAUUUGUUCCAUACUUGGAAAUAUUGCUUGUGAAUAUUGUUUUUGCUUUACCUGUUAUUUCUCUUUUUUCUCUUACACGAAGUAAAAUGCUUUAGGGAAACAAACAA